AUGCCACUCUACGAAGACAAACGUGUCUGCACGAAGUGUGGCCGAGUGGGGAAAGAUGGAAAAUUGCCAACACCCUUCGGCCAGGUAGCCAAGGAGAAGAAUGGCCCUGAGAUAGAGAACCUGAGAGUCCGGUCACGACUCCACGAUGAUGAGAAUUGGUAUGGGCUACCGGAAGAGGUCAGAAAUGCAGUACCAGAGUCAAAGCCCUUUGUAUUUCCCGACCUCGAGGCUAUUUGUAUCUCGACCUUGAGGGACAUUGUCGCAGGCCGGUUGCCAGCAUCACAGACCUACCCGUAUGCGGCGAACAUCCUAUCUCAUGGGGGUAUCCAGCCCGUCGCCCUCGAGAUCACAAGCUGCAUCCUUCCAGAGAUCCGAGCUCUUCAGGGGCGGACGGUUGAUCGCGGCAACUUGGACAAGAUUUGGGUGGCCCAAGCCAACCAGGGCCCAUGGCACACCGCCAGCUCGGAUAUGGGCUACAUCGAUUUCGUUACCGACGAUCGCGACGACAAAUAUUUCCGCCUGUAUCACGGUCAAGCGAAAUGUGCUUCCCGGCGGAUUUUACGGGAGCACAAUCAAGCCAUCUUCUCGAGCGCCAACGAUACACUGCAUUAUUAUAUUCUAUGGGUGGGGAAUGGCCACAGAGUAGCCAACUUCCUGAAGGCCUGGGCCUUGCCUCGGGAACACCGCGAAACACACGGUAAAGAUUGGUCGGACAUGAUGAUGACAUUCUUGGAGUACGUCAUCAUCCGUGCCUUUCGUGCGCACCACGGCCUUCUCUACUACGGCGAGAGCGAUGACAGUCCGCUCGGCUUCGGCUUGAACGUCAUGAGCCCCCUAGUACAAGGCCGGGCAGUCUCGGACGUAUUGAGGGCGGACUUCAAGGGGCCUCUGCUUCAUUCUCCAGAUCUUCAGAUAGCAUUCUGGCCCAAAUUCCGCUCGUCUCAGACAGCCUCGGCCAACGGUCUUGGGCGCUCGGCUCCUCGGCCGCUUUUCCGUCUCGAUUUCUCAGCUGCGUUAUCAAAGGCCGUCAACAACGACGAGCUAUAUCAAUUGCUCCUGGACGCCUUCACCGCGGAUUUGGCGCUGCCCAGGCCUACGAUCAACGAUAUUCCUUUCUUCGGCAACCUUGGUGCCAAAAUCGGCUUCUUACUAGAUAUUGUAAGGAUAUCUCCUGUUGUUGAUGGUUGCCCAGCCGAGUCUUCAGAGGACGAUCUGCCAUGGGCGCUCAAAGGAUGCCAGUUCAAGAAGGACAACGUUCUCGUCUGGACAUUCGAUUUCAAGAAGCUCUCUGGUCUAGGAUCCGAGAACUGCGCCGAGGUCGACGAGCCCAGGAACACAGAACUGUUGGCCAAGCACUCGGCACUUGUUGGCGCAAGCCACGCAAAGGUCAUUUUGGUCUGCGGCCCUCGUGCAGAAAAUAUUGUUCGGCAUCUUCCUCGAGUCUCGAGGCAGAAAGAUCUUGAACUUCGCGGUUUCAAGUAUCCCUUGUACGUCAUGGACACUGGCCCUCUCGCAAAACGACUCUUUGUCCGCUGUCCUAAGAUUCCGGCGGACAGGCGGUCCAUGAUGAACACGAUGGCCUGUCGUCUUUGUGAGGCUCUCCGAUUUGCCAUCAGCAUCGUCGAUAUCCGGGAUAUAAGGCCCUAUUUUCUGGAGUCAUCCUCUAUCCUAGGCCAUAUCCUUAGCAUUGCUAAAAACGAGAAGGCCGGAACCGCGGCUCCACUCACGACUAGCACAUUAGAUGGCGCGCUCAAGGUUUGGCUGGCCCGCAAGGGCUUUGAGAAAGAAGAAGAUAUUCGGAGACUCGAGCAACUCGCAGGGUCGUUAUCCGCGGGACUGUUGAUACUCCUUCACACUCUGCCGAGACGACAAGGAGAUACCGCAGCAAAUCCAGAUCGUGCUACAACCAACUUGAAAAGGAAGCGAACGGAAUCACAGCCGUUCGGCAAUGUCUACGAGCCGACCAGGGACUUCAUAUCGGGUAUUCUCGCCCAGCGAGAAGCCAAGUACCACGAAGUCUUGAAAUCGCUGGCAGAUUCGCCCGGACCCAAGAGCGAUUCUAUUGACAUGGAGAUUGCUGGACUUUCUGGUUCCGAAACCGAGUUUGGAACGGCAGUUGACAGCGACAUGUACGAGCCGUUAGCUGACGCACUCAGCUUUGAAGAUUUCAAGGUCCUCCGUGGUCUCACACACACAGCAAGCGGCCGUUUUGUCGGCGAUGGAUUAUUGCCGUCAAAGAAAAAACCAGACCACAAACCUGUAGGUUGGUGGUCCAAUUUCCGAGAAGAGGAAUACCACUACGAGCUGCGGCCUACCGAGCCUCUCUCCGGUCCCAGCAUCCUAGAUUGUAGGAUUGUCAUACCAACCGAGGUGAUGAGUGGAUGCGAUGAAGUAUUCGUCAAAAUUGAGAUUGUCGCCGAAGGCUGCAGUCACGAAAAUAUGCUACUUAAGCUAAACUCUGCCCCAUCAGAGGCAACCUUCGCCCGGUUAGCUCAAUCGGUAGAGCGUGAGACUGUGAGUACUGACCAUAAAAUUCGGUCGCUUCAGCAACCCAACUAA